AUGAUGGACGGGUUCAGCUCUCCGGACGGACACAGCAGCACCUCGCUGCGCGAAGAGGAGCGCACCGCGUGGCUGCUCAACUCGCUCACCGACCGCAAGGCAGCAGAGGCUUCCGCGGCCCUCUUCUACUGGGUGCGCGCGGCGAGGUACGAGCCGACGCCUGGUGAGCGCGAGCUUCUAAUGGAGUGCGAGAGGCGUGCGUCACGCGGGGCGGGCAUCGCCGCGCUCGGGGGCGGGCUGGCCGGCUCGCUCCUCAGUCGCUCGCUCAAGAUGCCGACGCCGCAGCGGAUCGUGCUCGGGAUGACCGGCGCGCUGGUCGGCCACGGACUCGCCACAUUCCGCUCGCACGCACCUUCGCUGGCUAUGCUGCUGCAGCACGGCGCGGAGGCUCGCUCGAGCGGGGACUCGAACGCGUACGGCGACGAGGCGUGGGACUAG